AUGGAAAUAGCCGAGGAGGCCGCUAAGGAGCAAUCCUUGAUCCUUAAAGGGAAACGCACUAAGAGGCAGCGUCCUUUCUCCCCAAUCCCUUUCUCUAUCGUCCCUCCUAUGUCUUCUCAAGAACCGGAGGUCGAAGAAGAGUCCACAAGUCUUGUUUCCAAGGAGAAGAGUCUCAAUGAUGAGAUCAACAACAACAAGAAUGACAACAACAACGUUGUUAUAAAUGGUGUGACAUCUUCAGCUUCUUCAUCUUCUAACAACAAUGCCACAUUAAAGGCCGCGGCUGACGAGGAAGAUCAAGACAUGGCUAAUUGUUUGAUCCUCCUCGCCCAAGGUCACUAUAUUCCUCAACAACAACCACAACAAACAAGACAAUUUAUGAUGAGUUACCAAGAAUCUGGCCAUAACAAUGCCUAUAGAACUAGCAGCAGAAGGUUUCUCGAGACAUCUUCACCUAAUGGGACCACGAGUGGAGGCAGAGCCGGUUACUAUGUUUACCAAUGCAAAACAUGUGACCGGACUUUUCCUUCUUUCCAAGCACUUGGUGGCCAUAGAGCCAGCCACAAGAAGCCUAAAGCCGCAGCGGGUCUUCACUCCGAUCAUGAACUCAAGAAGUCUAUCUACAACGACGCCGUUUCUCUUCAUCUCAACAACGUUCCCACCGCGACUCCUAACAACAAUAGUAGCCAUAGGUCGCUUGUGGUAUAUGGUAAAGCGGGUAAUAAUAAAGUCCAUGAAUGUGGGAUAUGUGGAGCUGAAUUCACAUCGGGACAAGCCUUAGGUGGUCACAUGAGACGUCAUAGAGGCGCAGUGAUGGCCUCAGCAGCAGCAUCCGCUUCUACCGCAACGGUAAGGGUUGCGGCUACUACCGGUACGGCAAACACGGCACUGUCAUUGUCACCUAUGUCGUUUGACCAAGUUCAUCCGGUUCAGGCUCCGGUUAAGAGAGCGAGAAGUGCGGUUGUGUCAUUAGAUUUGGAUCUGAAUCUACCUGCCCCGGAAGAUGUGAAUCGAGUCAACGGAUUAAGCUUUGCAUCAAAGCAAGAGCAGGAACAUGAACAUGAACAAACACAACAGAGAGAAGAACAAAAGUCUCUUGUUUUGUCUUCUGCUCCUACAUUGGUGGAUUGCCAUUACUGA